UUGGCGAGCCCUUUGCAAACCACAACUAUCGUAACAUUUGGUGCAUCGACCGGGAAACUGUUAGCUUGGCGAGACACAAUGUCGGGAAUGGAGAUUCAAAUCAAGAAUUUGGAAACCAAGUUGGAACAACAGCACAAGGAUCACAGAGAUCAUAUCAACUGGAUAUUUGAAAAUCUACACAAGCAAAAUCGUGAGAUCGCCGAAAUUGGACAAGGAAGGCUGAAGCACGAAUUGUCAAAAAUCUGGGAGGGUUUCUCAAAGAAAAUCGAUAAGCUCAAAUCAGAAUCGAUCAAAGAAAUGGAGACAAUGCGAAACGACAUGCUCGAAAGAAAGAGAAGAAGAGAAGAAGAAGAAGAAGUGCAAGUGGAAACACAAGAACAACUUCAAGUUGAACCAACCAAAAGAUCAAGAACAGAAAAAGAAGUACAACGGAUUCUGUGCACCCCAGCUACAAUUCGAGAAGGAAGAUCGUUGUGUGUCUAUUGUCGCGAGCGCCAUUAUAGCGAUGAGUGUUACGGCAUCGUAGACAUCGAAACCAGAAAAGAAAUCGUCAAAAAUUCGAAUCGUUGCAAGAGAUGUCUUGGGGACAAACAAAACCACACAACGUGCAACAAGAAAUGCCACUAUUGUGAUUCGCGAAAUCACCAUUCGUCACUGUGCCCAAAACCAGAAAACCAAUUCACAUCAUAA